AUGCCGACAAAAGCGAAUAAGAAAUAUUCAGGUCCAAGUCUUUAUAAGACUUUCGUUGAUGCUUAUAUGAAAGCUCGUCCUGAUGAAAAACGAGUUGCCAAACAUCAUGAUGCACAAAUUGAAUGGAAUGAAAUAAAAUGGAAUGAAGAAUAUGUUAAAGAAAAAAUUGAAGAAUAUUUAGAAGUUUAUAAUCAAUUAGGUGCACCAAAAAAUGAAGAUGGUGAAGGACCAUCAUCACCUGUUCCUGCACGAAAAAGUAGUCGUGGACGUCCGCCAAGAAAACCUAAAAUAGUUGAUGAUAAGAAAAAAAAAGAAGCGGAAGAUGAUGAUGAUGAUGAUUGUAAAACUUCAGAUUCAGAUUCAGAUGAUGACGAUGAAGAGCAGGAAGAAGAUGAAGAAGAAAAGGAGAAAAGAAAAAAGAAAAGUUAUUAUGUCAAAAAACGUAGAAAUUUUGAAGAGGAAAUCAUUGAAGAUCCAACAAACACACCUCCUGUACCCGGUGUUCCAUUAGAACCAUUAGCAAAACUAAAACGUCAACCAGCACAAGAACGUAUUUACAAAGAAUUAAGUUCAAUAAAUGAACGUAUUGCAUCGUUAGUUCAAGUUCGACAAAUGGGUUUAGCAACAGCUGAAAAUAAAAAACAAUUGAAACAAUUAAUGAAAGAUCGAAAAAAGAAAGGUUAUGAAUUAAAACGUCUUCAAUCAAAACAAAAAGCUUCAAAUAAAUAUCGUGUUAAACGAAGAAAAAUUGUUGAUCAUUUAUUUGAAACCAAACCUGAAUUACAUCCUCAAUUAAAUAAACUUUAUCGUCGUGGUGUUGGUCGACCACGUGUUGAAGAACAAUGUCCAGAUUUAUUACAAAUUAUAGAAGAAAUAGCUAAAGUUGGUGGUGCAAGUGAUGAUCGUCGUCGAUCAGAAACAAUUCGUCCUUGUUUAACAUUAGAUGAUUUGAGAGAAAAAAUCAAACAACGAGGUUAUGAUAUUAAACGUACAACACUUUAUUAUCGUCUAUUACCUCAUCGUGCAUCAUCAAUUGAUGGUCGUCGUCAUGUUCAUACUGUACCUGUUCGUCUUCGUCGUGCUCAAAAUGAUGAACAUGGUAAACAUGAAGAUGGACAUUUUGCUACUGCAACAAUUCGUUAUAUGAAAGAUUUAGCAUCUAUAUUUGGUAAUGAUUGUGUUUUUUAUUUAUCUCAAGAUGAUAAAUGUAAAGUUCCACUUGGUUUACCUGCUGCAAGAGUUCAAGCACCAAUGCUAAUGCAUUUGGAUUAUCGUAUACGUUUACCCGAUCACGAUUGGACAGUUGCACCACGUCAUCAAUUGACGCCAAGUGUUUAUGCAGCAUGUCUUCUAUCGGAAGAUGGUGAUUUAGGUUAUUCAGGUCCAACUUAUGUUGCUAUACGUUCGGCUAAACAUGAUCAAUCAAAUGCUGAUUCACAUGCACUUGAUUUCGAUCGACUUGUUAAUUUAAAAGAAUUUGAAAAUGUUGCACGUGAUGAAACAGGACAAGUUAAACCCAUUGUUAUUGUUACUGUUGAUGGUGGUCCUGAUGAAAAUCCACGUUUUCCAAAAACACUGGUUGCUAGUAUAAGAAAAUUUAAAAAAUAUAAUUUAGAUGCGAUGUUUUGUCUUACACAUGCUCCAGGUCAAUCAGCUUAUAAUAUUGUGGAACGUCGUAUGGCACCUUUAUCACAUGAUUUAGCUGGUCUUAUAUUACCACAUGAUCAUUUUGGUUCACAUUUAAAUGAAUCAGGUGGAACGAUGAAUAUUGAAUUAGAAAAAUUAAAUUUUCGUAAAGCUGGCCAAAUCUUAGCUGAAACAUGGAAUCAAACAAUUGUUGAUGGUUAUCCAUGUAUUGCUGAAUAUAUUAGUCCACCAGCAACAUCAGAUGAUGAACGAAGACUAGUUGAUGCAAAAAUAGUUAUGGAUGAAAUUUUACGAAAAGUUUGUGAAGAAGAAGAAGCUGAAGAAGGACAUGAAUUUCGUAUUCAUGCAACAGAUGAAUAUUAUCAAGAAAAUGCUCGUGCAGCAAGAGAAAAAUUUGGUGAACAACAUCUAAAAUAUGAUCAAAAAUAUGAUAUUGAUGAAUAUUGGUGUGCUAUGCAUGUUUUACAAACACAAUAUACAUUACAAAUUGUUCGAUGUAAUUCAGUUGAAUGUUGUGGACCAUGGAGAUCAAAUUAUGUUGAAGUUUUUCCUCAUCGAUUUCUACCAUCACCUGUACCGUUUGAACGAACACCCUAUGGUGUUAGAAUGGCAGAUAGAGAUUAUCAAAAAGGACAAUUUUAUGGUUCAUUAUUUCAACGUAUUCAAUUUCAUGGAGUUGUUAUUCAACAUACACAGAAUGAAAUGUUACCAUUUGAUUAUUGUUGUUCAUCUGUAAAAAAAGAAUUAAAAAAACGUACAUGUAAAGUAUGUAAUCAAUAUAUUCCAUCUGCAUAUCGUAUGAAAAAUCAUUAUAAAAUUCAUGCACAACAUUAUGAUGAUUUUGAUCAUGAUCAAGAUGAUACAUUACCACCACCACCAUCAUCAACAUCAACUACAACUGAUACAACAAAUUCUAAUAAUACACAAUCAGCAACAACAGCACCUGCACCUGUAUUUAAAACUGAAAUGCUAGAUUGGCUACGGUCAGAUUUUGAUGAUUUUGAUUUGGGAUCAGGACCAAAUCAAGCUUCAAGUGAACGUGUUACACGUAGUAUGAAAAAAUUACGUGUAGAAGAAAAAAAAGAUGAUGAUGAACAUAAAGAUUGGGUACAUGUAGAAUAA